CUAAUCUAAUUUUCUUAAUAUUGUCGAAUUGGAAGAGUAAGAUUUCAAUUGUCAUAGUUACUUUCCGCUUUUGAGAUGCUUUGACAGACAAGUGAGCUUGAUUUAGGUGGAGAUGCUCUCUUUUAGAAAUGGAGAGACUUUUGUUUUUUUCUUUUCUUUUUCUUUUUGAUUCUUUCGUCUCUGUUUAGGAAGAGAUAGGUUUAGAUGCUCUUUUUUGACAAUUGGAGAUGAUCUCUUCGACUUUGAUGAAUGGACAAAUGCCUACUGGAAUUCAAACCUCUUUCUAAGAAGCGCAUAGCAUGGAGGGGUUGUAAUUGAACUUUCCCAGCUUGAUUCUUCGAACCAAGAUGGAAGGGGACAAUACGUGGUACUAUUCAAAAUCCCACUAGAGGUAUUUCUGGGUGAUUCACCAAAGUCUUAGUUAUCGUUGUCUUCUAAUUUGACAAAAAAAACUUGAAAGCUUGUUAUUAUCUUCUUCCUCUGGCCAAAGAAACCUCAACUCUUACCCUGCAAAUCGAAGAACUCACAAAAGAUGGACGAAGAGAGAGUGGAGGACCAGAUAGGAAUCAGACGAGAAAUGAUCAAGAAAGCUUGCUCUAUGGCUAUGAAAGUCCACAAGUAUUCGGAAAAACAGUAUCUUCUUGAAGAAAGUCGUAAUUCAGCAGAAGCUAUUUUUAGCCUUCCUGGAUUUUGGCAUCUGAAUGAUUGGUACACCAACAAGUCAUUUGGUCAAACAAAGAUGAAUGCAAAGCUGUUUCCUUCUCUCAGAAGCAUAGGGAACGAUGAAGUAGCACUAGUAAAUGAGGCCUUUCUUCUGAAAUUCGAAGCUCUUGUCGCCAAUCCUUCUUUCCAAAAGGAGGUGAGAAGUGCUAUCUCAAAAAAGAGGCAAAUAGUUUUUACAGGACACUCAUCAGGGGGUGCAACGGCAAUCCUAGCUACGCUCUGGGUCUUGGAAAACUUAGGUGGUGCCAAUCAACUGGCACCGCUGUGUGUUACUUUUGGAUCUCCCCUUGUUGGGGAUUGGAUUUUCAACCAUGCUAUAAGGCGAGAAAACUGGUCUCGCUACUUCAUCCAUUUUGUCAUGAGGUACGACAUAGUCCCUCGAAUUCUGCUGGCUCCUCUAUCCUCAGUGGAGCAGUCACUCCAGCUAGUCCUCCAUGUUCUUAAUCCGAACUCCACAUCUGCUGCACAAGUUGGUGAUGGGGAAGCUUCCUCUUUAUUUAUGACUGUAAUGAGGAAUGCCUCAUCUGUAACAAGUCGUACAGCUUGUAAACUGAUGGGGAGCACAAAUCUGUUGCUAGAAACUGUAUCCAGCUUCAUUGAGCUAAGCCCUUACACACCCUCUGGAACAUAUGUCUUCUGCACCAGAAAUCAGCAACAUAUUGUCAUUACAGACUCGGAAGCUGUUCUGCAACUAUUAUUCUACUCUUCUCAGCUGAAUGCUGUUAUCGAACAAUUGGAUAUUGCGAAGAGAAGCUUAAACGACCAUCUGAGUUAUCAAAAUGAAUUGCAGGAGAGCUUAAAGAUGCAAAACAUACACGUGCUUCGUAAUUUAGGAAAUCUGCCAUUGUCUUCAGAUGCAGCAGAUGGUGAAAGAGCAAUUAACAUGGCCCUGAAUGACCUUGGCUUGAGCACAAAAGCCAGGCUAUGUCUUCGCGCUGCAGCAGAGUAUGAGGAGCGAAGAUUGAAAAAUCAGGCUAAAAUUGAUGAUCAGAAGGCAGACAUAGAGAAAGGAUUAAGCACGCUACAAGAUUACAAGACCAAAACUGAAAUUUGCAAAUUAGGCUAUUAUGAUGCAUUCAAACUUUCAAGAGCCACCGAGGAUUUUGAGGCUAAUGUGAAGAGACAAGAGCUGGCGGGCAUAUGGGAUGAAAUCAUCGAAAUGUUAAAGAAGUAUGAACUCCCAGAUGGAUUCGAGCUCCGGAAAGAGUGGGUGGAUCUUGGAACUAGAUAUCGCCGCAUUGUUGAGCCUCUAGAUAUAGCAAACUACUAUAGGCACUUGAAGAAUGAAGACACAGGACCGUACAUGGUGAGGGCACGGCCAAGGCGAUACAGAUUCGCCCAAAGAUGGUUCGAGCACGCUUCAAAGAUUCCAAAUAAACCCAUCUUGGAAUCCUGCUUUUGGGCUGAGGUAGAAGAGCUCGUUAGAGAUUGUAACCCAGCCAUGUUCGAAAAUGUGAAGGAACGAAUUCUGCAGUUCGAGCAAGAAGUAGAAACAUGGGUUCGCGCUGGGGAGCUGGGUAAGGAUGUAUUUCUGGAAGGGAACACCUUCAUGAAGUGGUGGACAACACUUCCGCAACAACACAGAUUGCAAUCCUCCCUAUCAUCACUAAUGAAUGGGUGAGAUUGAUGAACUUUUAGCAAUCUAACAGACUCCUGCUAAAGAUUUAUCAGCAGCUAUUGGCUUAAAGCCUUGGAACUUAUUAAGUAAUCACCUUUGUUUUGUAGUGAGGCUGACAAAGCAAACGCUUCAAUUAUUUCAAGUUUGGUUAUUUAAUGUACUGUUCUCCUCAAAGACAAAUUUUUUUUUUCCCCAAAGUUACAAUCAAUAACAUAUUCUUUGCCACAA